ACUAGUUAAACCGUAGCAAAUAAAGCUCAUUGUGUCUCGCAAGGUGCAGAUCACUCGCUCGUGAUCGGUGCAACGAUGUGGUGUGUUCAUCUGUUAAGUGUUUGCCUCUUGGCUCAUAUUGUCAAAAGUUGCGAAGUACAAAUAGACGAGACGAGACAAGACAUUCAUUGGUGGAAAACUAGUGUCAUCUAUCAGAUCUAUCCGCGUAGUUUUAAGGACAGCAACGGCGACGGCAUCGGCGAUCUGAACGGCAUUACGAGCAAACUCGAGCACAUUAAAGAUGCCGGAGCCGAUGCUCUUUGGCUCUCGCCUAUCUACAAGAGUCCUCAAAAAGAUUUCGGUUACGAUAUAUCUGACUUCAGAGACAUCGAUCCUACCUACGGAAAUCUGACUGAUUUCGAUAAGCUCGUUGCCAAAGCUAAGUCGCUCAAAUUAAAAGUUCUGCUGGAUUUUGUGCCCAAUCACAGCUCAGAUGAUCAUGAGUGGUUCAAAAAGAGUGAACAACGCAUAGAUCCGUAUACGAAUUAUUAUGUUUGGGCAGACGGUAAAAAUAAUAACCCUUCGGUACCUCCGAACAAUUGGUUAUCAAAUUUUGGUGGUUCCGCUUGGAAAUGGAGUGAAACUCGAAAACAGUAUUAUUAUCAUGCAUUUGUUGAUGGGCAACCCGACUUGAAUUAUCGCGAUGAGAAACUCAGACAAGAGAUGGAAGAUAUAUUGACUUUCUGGAUGCAACGCGGAGUCGAUGGUUUUCGAGUUGAUGCCAUUAAUCAAAUGUUCGAAACUACCGAUUUGAAAGACGAACCAAUAUCUGGCAAAACUGAUGACCCCAACGAUUACGACUAUUUGAUUCACAAUCAAACAAGAGAUCUAAACGAGACGUACGAUGUCGUGGGUUCUUGGCAGAAAUUAAUAGACAACCACGUGCGAAAUUAUCGUACCGAUGGUAAACUGAUGAUUCUGGAAGCAUACACCACGAUCCCGCGCUCAAUGAUGUACUACGAUGUAGGAUCGAAUCCCUUCAAUUUCAUGUUCGUGGCUACUUUGAACAAUCAGUCUACCCCGGAACACUUCAAGAAAACCAUCGACACUUGGUUGAAUGCAGUACCCGAGGGCAAAGUAUCGAACUGGGUGUCGGGAAACCACGACAACCACAGAGUGGCGACUCGCUUCGGCGAGCACGGACGGGCCGACCAGAUUCCUAUGCUGUGCUCGAUGCUACCAGGAAUCAUGGUUAUCUACAACGGCGACGAGAUCGGAAUGGUAGAUCGUGACUUUAGUUUCGAAGAAACCGUGGACCCAGCUGGUUGCAAUGCAGGAGAAGAAAAAUAUGAGGAUAAAUCGAGGGACCCUGAGAGAACACCGUACCAGUGGGAUAGCACCACGAGCGCUGGAUUUUCGAGCAAUUCAACUACAUGGCUACCGGUACAUCAAAAUUACCUAACUUUGAAUUUGGCCGCACAGAAGAACGCUCAAAAUUCUCAUUACAAAGUUUUCCAAGCACUGACAAAACUCAAAAAGACUCCCGUAUUGCUAAAGGGUAAAACGGAACUUUUCAUUAUAAAUAAUCAAGUUCUUGCUGUAGUAAGAAGAUUAAAAGGAGAAAAAAGCGUUGUGUUAUUGAUUAAUUUCAACAAUGACCAACCUUUAACUCUAGAUGUCAAGGCUCAUAUCAAUAUUUCGGAUAAUGUUACUGUUUAUACUUCUAGCGUUGAAUCGGGUUUUAAAGUGAAUGACACUCUCGAUGCUAACAAUUUAGUACUACCAAAAAGAGCAUCGUUAAUAAUAUUUUCUGAUAUAUAAUUUAUACUUAAUCAACACUUUUAUAAUCACAAAUUUUACAGGUAAACAUAAAAAAAAAAAAUUAAGAGACAAUCUAGUUAAAAUUUAUUCAUUUUUUUAAAAUGACGACUGAAUAUCGUAAACAUACUUUUUUUCAAUUUUCUCUAAUCAGAAGAAACAUGUGAUUGUGUAUAAUGUAACUCUAUACACUAGAUCGUAUUCAGUUUAUUACGCUCUAUUUCCCAACAAUGCAAUAUUGUUCACUCCAAUAAAUGAGAAUCAUUGUGUAGCUAUUGUCUGUUGGAUCAUAAUUCAAUGAUCAUGAUCAAAGUUCAAAGUAAGGGACAAACAAACUGUAGCGAUAAUGUUUAUUAAAUUUGUUUAAUAUUGCAUAAAAAUAUGCAAACAAUAGUCAAGCCUAAUUUUCUGCACGAAAUUUUUGACGCACUUAAUUAUGCAACGCUUUUACGAUAAAUAAUUCUAUAUUUCACAGUGCAUAAUAUUGUGUUCAAGAAAUUUUUAACUUUUAUAUUAAUAUACUAUUAAUUUUUCAAAAAAUCGAAUGUUUUAGUUUUUCAUUUAUACCAUUAUUCACUUCCGUUUAAUAACAAGAUGUAGUAUUCAAUACUUAAAAUAAAAAAGACGCGAUAGGUAUGUUAUAAAAUUUAUUUGAGUAAAUGUCUGAUAAUGCGUCCAAAGUCUGAUAAUGUGUGUAAUAAUAUCAUGUUAAAAUGUGAUUAUAUAUAUUAAUAAAUGUAAUACAAUCAAGCUAAACGAUAGAAAUAAACAUCCAUUUUUUAACAGUCGAA